AUGUCCGAGUGUUCCGAUGGGCUGCCAUCUCAUUUAGCCCCCAAUCGCCUUCCGUCUAUGAUAUUAAUAGCAUUAUGUUAUAGUCUGUGCCAUGCCGUUGUCCCACAACAAGCCAUAGUCAACCAGAUGCUAAAACCCUCAAUAUAUGACAAAUCUGUAAUGCCUGUUGAUGACGGCGAGACACUGGGGAUGAACAUCACGCUGAACUCGUUCAGAUUGUUGUCGAUGGAUCAAAAAGAGGAGUCCAUUCAAUUUCAACAGGAAUUUUUGAUGACCUGGAAAGACCGAAAUCUGGGGUGGAAUCGAAAGAACUUUUCGUAUGAUCUUGAGUGGGUCAAGGUAUCUGCGAACCAGAUCUGGACGCCGGAUGUCAUUUAUUAUUCUACUAUUGAAAUUGAGCGACUGUUGGAUGAAAACCAAUCUUACGCGGAUGUGAAAUACGAUGGUACGACGAGAUACUCUUACCCAGCUACAGUCACCACACCUUGUAAUUUACAACUUGAUAAUUUUCCUUAUGACGAGCAGACGUGCGAUCUGUUGCUUGGAUCUUGGAUUUUUGACGAUCACCAGAUUGAUACAAAUCCAACCGAAACAAAUUUGCAGCCCACAGGAAAAGUAGGGAGUCGGAGCUCCAUAAUUUUCACAGGAAAUUCCGAAUGGGAGCUUCUCGGGAUUACGGUUUCGAAUUACACGAUGGUAAUUCCAAGAGACGGAAAUUAUUCACUAAUCAAAUAUCAAGUACGAAUGAAGAGGAAGCCUGUCUAUUAUGUGAUGGUGAUCCAGAUGCCUACUCUUAUUAUCGGAACGCUAACUUUAUUUGGAAUGUUUACACCGUUUAGCCAGAGGAUGGAACGAUGGCAAAAGGUCGAGCUAGGUCUAAAUAUGCUAUUGGCUAUAUCCAUGAUGUUGAAUCUGGUUUCAAAUAUGAUGCCAAAGGCUGAGAGAUUACCAUUAUUAGGAAACUAUAUCAUAGCCGAGAUUUUCCUCUGCGCAAUCGGGACUGUAUUUGCGAUAAUACUGCUCGAAAUCCACGCGAGGGCUGAUCAACGGCAUUGGAGGCCGCCGGAUUGGUUAGUUGGAAAUGAGGCUAAUUUUAGAAUAUUGCCGAUUGCAUCUUCUGAAAAGGAUACUGGUGCGAUCGUGAUGAAGUUGGAAGCUGUAAAAACACAGUUGAGACAAACCCUCCACCUCGUUCGCCAAUAUAUGGAUCGUGGUAACGCCGAAAUGGAAUGGAAACAAUUAUGGACCCGCAUUUUCGACAGAAUCGACCUAGCCCUUCUAAUCCUGUUCCAAGCAGCCAAUAUAUGUGUCUCGGUGCUAUUCAUGCGA